UAUUAAAAGAAGGAAGUGGUGAAACACGGAAGGAAGAUGGGAAGCGAAGAAGUGAAGCUGUUGAGCUUUUUUGCGAGUCCAUUUGGCAAAAGGGUUGAAUGGGCAUUGAAACUGAAGGGUGUGGAGUAUGAGUACAUAGAACAAGAUAUCUUCAACAAGACUAGUCUCCUUCUCCAGUUGAACCCGGUUCACAAGAAGGUUCCGGUUCUUGUUCAUGCCCACAAACCCAUCGCUGAGUCAUUCGUCAUCGUUGAAUACGUUGAUGAAACAUGGAAGCAGUAUCCACUGUUGCCUCAAGACCCUUAUCAAAGAGCACUUGCUCGAUUUUGGGCUAAUUUCGCUGAGCAAAAGCUUUUAGAUGCAGCAUGGAUUGGUAUGUAUAGCAGCGGGGAUGAGCAGCAAAACGCUGUGAAAGUAGCCAGAGAAGCAAUAGAGAAGAUAGAAGAAGAGAUUAAGGGGAAGAAAUAUUUUGGAGGGGAGAAUAUAGGAUACCUUGACAUUGCACUUGGAUGGAUCUCUUACUGGCUUCCUAUUUGGGAGGAAGUUGGAUCGAUACAGAUAAUUGACCCAUUGAAAUUUCCAGCCAUCACUGCAUGGAUCACCAAUUUUCUUAGCCAUCCUGUGAUCAAGGACAACUUGCCCCCAAGAGACAAGAUGCUUGUUUACUUCCACAGUCGCAGAACUGCGCUUUCUUCAACUUUUCAGGGCUGAUUCAAGUUUUAAUUUGGAUCUAUAUGUUUCUUAUGGUACAUGUGAUAUAAUAAGAAUAUCAGGGAAUCAUACUAGCUAAGUCUCUGUGCUAUUAUUUUCUGAGAUUGUGGAUUUUAUUUAGACUUUUUCUUAUUAGGUAGAGAAGUUUGUUUGGUUAAGUUUUCAAUAAUAAAUUAUGUCUUUUUUAUUA